AUGGCUCUAUCUAUACUACCAUUAUUCGGAGCUGAUGCUUCUGAAACAAUUACAUCAAAACCUUUUUUAACUUUAACGGGUCAUGCUUUACUGGACACUUCUGUCUUAUCAAAAGAUCAAAUACUAUUCUUCAUCAAGCAAUUCAAUUUCACUUUCCAAAAGAUCUCGAUUCAAUUGAACGAUUCUAGUAAAUUUUCUGAUGACGAUUUAAUCGAAUUGUUGAACAAUGGUAUCACGUACGUUAUUACUUCUUUACCAUCUUCCACCUUCACUUCAUUCACAGAUUCAAUCAACAUCUCCAAAGAAAGAUUAAUUACCCCAACUUCACCAUCAUAUUCUACUUACAAGAUAAUCCCAGCCACUGAACUGUCACUUUCUUCAUUCGAACACAAUCUUUUAUCACAAUUGAAAACUGACCGUAAAGAUGGUCUCUACACCACCUUAGUUCUAGAUACUUCAGAUCGUUGUCUCGGUUUGGUUUAUUCAUCAAUCGAAUCCAUUCAAAAAGCCAUUGAAUUACAAAAAGGUGUCUAUUUCUCUAGAUCUCGUAAUAAUAUUUGGAUCAAAGGAGAAUCAUCAGGUAAUACCCAACUUUUAAAACAAAUUGAUAUCGAUUGUGACGGCGAUGCCUUGAAAUUCGUCGUCGAACAAAAAAAUAACACUUUUUGUCACUUGAAUACUAAUUCUUGCUUUGGUGAUUUCAAUUACGGUCUUUUGGAAUUACAAUCCUUAUUGCAAGAUAGAUUACAAAAUUCUCCAGAGGGGUCGUACACUAAGAGAUUGUUUAAUGAUGAAACUCUUUUGAACGCUAAGAUCAAAGAAGAAGCUGAAGAAUUGACUGAUGCCCAAACUGCUGGUGAAAUUGCUUGGGAAGCUGCUGAUUUGUUCUACUUCGCAAUGACUAAAUUGGUAGCUAAAGGUGUCUCCUUGAGUGACGUUGAGAAUAAUUUGAAAUUGAAACAUUUGAAAGUUACCAGAAGGAAAGGUGAUGCUAAGGAAAAGUUUUUGCCAACUAAGAAAGAAGAAGAAGAAGAAGAAGAACCAAAACAAGCUACCAAGAUUGACCCAUCUGCUCCAAUUCAUUUAAAUGUAGUGAAAAGCACCAACAAACAAGGUGUUAUUGAAGCUGUUACAAGACCAAUCCAAAAGACUUCUCAAAUUAUGCAUUUAGUCAAUCCAAUCAUUGAAAAUGUUAAGAGUAAAGGUGACGCUGCUUUAAUUGAAUAUACAGCCAAGUUCGAUGGAGUUCAAUUAACCACCCCUGUCCUAGAAGCACCAUUCCCUGAUGAAUACUUAGAAGGUUUAACAGAAGAAAUGAAGGAAGCGCUAGAUUUAUCUAUUGAAAAUGUUCGUAAAUUCCACGCUGCUCAAUUGCAAAAGGAACCUCUAGUCGUGGAAACUCAACCUGGUGUCAUUUGUUCAAGAUUCCCAAGACCAAUUGAAAGAGUGGGUUUAUAUAUUCCAGGUGGUACUGCUGUUUUGCCAAGUACGGCAUUAAUGUUAGGUAUCCCAGCCCAAGUGGCUCAAUGUAAAGAAAUUGUCUUUGCUUCUCCACCAAGAAAAUCGGAUGGUAGAGUCUCUCCUGAAGUCGUCUAUGUCGCUUCUCAAUGUGGUGCUUCCAAGAUCGUUCUUGCUGGUGGUGCUCAAGCUGUUGCCGCCAUGGCUUACGGUACUGAAAGUGUUCCAAAAGUGGAUAAGAUUUUAGGUCCAGGCAAUCAAUUCGUUACCGCUGCUAAGAUGUACGUUCAAAAUGAUACUCAAGCUCUAUGUUCUAUAGAUAUGCCUGCUGGUCCAAGUGAAGUCCUGGUCAUUUGCGAUGAAGAUGCCGAUGAAGAUUAUGUAGCAAGUGAUUUGUUGUCUCAAGCUGAACAUGGUAUUGAUUCUCAAGUUAUAUUAUGUGCCAUCAAUUUAUCUGAAGAAAAAAUUAUAAGAAUUCAAGAAGCUGUUAACAAGCAAGCAUUAGCUUUACCUCGUGUUGAUAUUAUUCGUCAAUGUAUUUCACAUAGUACUAUCAUAUUAUGUGAUUCCUAUGAAGAAGCGUUUGAAAUGUCGAAUAGAUAUGCUCCAGAACAUUUAAUUUUACAAAUCAAUAACGCUAAUGAUUAUGUUGAAUUAGUUGAUAAUGCUGGUAGUAUCUUUGUUGGUGCUUACACUCCAGAAUCUUGUGGAGAUUAUUCAAGUGGUACUAACCAUACCUUACCAACUUAUGGUUACGCAAGACAAUAUAGUGGUGCUAAUACUUCUACUUUCCAGAAAUUCAUUACGGCUCAAAAUGUCACUCCAGAAGGUUUGAAGAAUAUCGGUAAGGCUGUCAUGUGUGUUGCUAAAGUAGAAGGUCUUGAUGGCCACAGAAAUGCUGUUAAGGUUAGAAUGGAAAAAUUAGGCCUACUACCUCAAGGCUUCGAAUAG